GUCGUUUUAAUUAUUGGAAUUUUUACAUUAAACUAUAUCGCUUUAAUUGAAGCAUCUGACAUUUCUUUAGCUUUUAAUUUCAAUAAAAACUUAAUUAUUGAUAAUUUAACGACGAAUAAUAAUAGCGUUGAUUCAACUAAUAGUAAUAACACGCAACCAUUAUUAUGUAAUGGUGAUGGAAGAUUUUGUGAUUUAAGAUAUGAUCAAGUGACAUAUCCAGGUACUCAUAACAGUGCAGCUUAUAAUCUAAGGUUUGAUUGUGAACAGACAAUUCGUAGAUGCAAAGAUUCAACAGAAAUAUGUACAAGACAAUAUGCUCAAUGUUUAGGAAAUUACAAAGUUCAAUGUGAUGCUCAAACAUCACAAUGCAAACAAUUUAAUCCUAAUUGGAUAAAUUUGUUAUGUGAUGGAUUCAAUAAUGUGUGUAAAACUUCUAACGCGAUAUGUUAUGCUUGGAAUAUUGUUUGUAAAGAAUCUGGAAAUGCCUGUAAUAUUUGGGGUGACGCUUGUAAUAUAAAGAUACCCGAUUGGGUGUUAACAUGUUUUUGGGAAAAUAAUCCUGGUUAUGACUUGACAAGACAAUUAAAAGAUGGUAUAAGAUUAUUUGAUUUAGAUACUUGUUUAAUUAAUGGUGAUAAUGAGCGUGUUGUUUUAUGUCAUGGUAUGGGAUUAUCCCGUGCUCUAGGCCAAGAGUUAGACACUGCUUUUAAAGCUUUUAGAGAUUUUAUUGAUGAAAAUCCAAAUGAAAUAAUUACAUUGGAAUUUGGUGAUAUUGACGGUAAUGGUGGAAUAAUUAGUAGUUAUUUACAAAAUAAAUUAGCUGAAUAUUUUAUAGAUUCAGACACCGGUCAUAUAUUGAUGUACACAAUGAAUUCUGAUACAACUUGGCCAACUUUAAGAGAAAUGAUUCAAAAUAAUCAAAGAAUAGUUAUAUUCUUUGGCACUUUGUAUAAUCAAUUAACAAACAAAGUAAAUUGGAUACAAUAUACUGAUUAUUGGUUUACUGAUUCAUAUACAUAUACAUCGAAUGCAACAACAUAUAAAGAACUUGUAACCACUUUUACGAAUUGGUGUCAAAAUUCAGUUCAAGUUAUCCAAAAUGAUGAAAUAGAAUUACAUAGACCUAGAUGGCAAACUGUUGAUGCAACUAUUGGUUUAGCAUUACCACAAAUAAAUGAUGAUUUACUUAACAAAGUGAAACAAAAUGGAGUAUGCAUACGUUCAUUGGCCAGAUCUGUGAAUUUUGAUGUUUUAGACGUUAUAGCUAAUGAAUGUGCACCAAGAUUUACAUAUAUUUAUCGUGUAAGAAUCGAUUAUUAUUGGCAAUCAAAUUUAUUUGAAGUAGUAAAUCAUUUAAAUGAAAUGAAUUUGAAAAAGUAUAUCAAGUGA